CAAUUCAAGGUUGAACAGGUGCCCGCGGAUGACAACGGCAAAUUCUACUCUGGCGACUCUUACGUUGUGCUUCAUGAUGAGUACGGUACAGCAGCGUACAAGACAGUCGAACUCGACGCCUUCUUGAAUGAUAAAGCGAUUCAGCAUCGUGAAGUGGAGGGAUAUGAAUCAAAUGCCUUCAAGUCUCUCUUCAAAGUUUUCCGAACCCUUUCUGGAGGCUACGAGUCAGGAUUCAGACAUGUUAAGCCUGAAGACUAUAAGCCUCGCCUGCUUAGAUUUAAUAUACCCGCGAAGAACAAGUUCAAACUGACGGAAGUGUACUUUAGCCGUAAGUCGCUGGACUCGGGCGAUGUAUUUGUCAUCGACAUGGGCAGGAAAGCGAUACAGUGGAAUGGAAGCUGUUCCAAACCAAUGGAACGGAUAAAGGCUAGGCUACAUGACGAGGAAAGGAAAAGUAAUGCAAUCUCUGUAUCCAAUAAAUUGUUGCCUUUCAGAUGCUCUGAUGAGUCGGGCGCGCUGACGACAACUCUGAUAUGCGAGGGUACAUGUCCCAAAGAGAUGAUCUCCGAGGAUGACGUCUUCUUCCUCGUCGGCUCCACUGGGUUGUUCGUCUACAUCGGAAAGGAGUGCUCCGACAAUGAGAAGCAUAAUGCGCUUGCAAAGGCCCACGUAAGUAGGUUGGAAGCCAUUGCGUUUCAAAGUUGGUAG